AUGGACCAGCUGAAACUAAAAAUUGACGAGAGAUUAACAAUAACAAUAGUAUCUAUUAUAAGCAUAAGGACUAGGGCAUUAGGAAAUAUUAAUAAUCUGAAAAUAUCAAUACAAGAAAUACUAAUCCCGACACCAGUACAAGUGGUCGAUUCCAAGGAUGAGAUAUUAAUCUUAGGAAAUGAUUGGUUCGAAAAGGUCAAGGCAAGAAUCUAUAUUGAUGAACAAAAGUUAAUUCUAAAAUACAAGGAUCAAAAGAUCAAGGUUCCAAUUACCAAUGAUAGAGCAAGAAAGAUGCUCGCUAACGAAACUGAUGAUAAUGAACAAUAUGAUGAAAAACAAACUAAUAAUGAUUCAGAUUCCAAUGAUGACACGCAAUCUGAGUCAUGUAGUAACUUAGGAUUUAACAAUAAGACAAGAUCUAAGGGAUCAAGUUUUGCCAUGUACUUCACCCAGGUCAGAGAAUCGUUGCCAUCAGAAGAGGAGAAAACAAGUGAAGAAGUGAGUAUCGAAAAAGGCAACAAAACAAGCAUCAUUAUAGAGAAAAUUCAAGCAGAAGUUCUAGAGGAAUUAAGCCAUAUUAGAGAUAAACAAAUCAUUAAGUCAACAAUCAAUUUUGACACCGGCACACUCGAAAAAGAUCCCGUAGCACAGAUCGAAGAACUCCCAAUACCAAUGGAAAUUAUAUAA